AUGGAGAGAAUUAAGAAAACUGUUCUUCGCAUCAAAGCGGGUGUUCCAGCCACGCGUGAGCGUAUCCGAGGAAGAAUUUUGACUAUGCGCAAGCUUAAUAAAGCGACAGCUUCCAAGGUCCUGGCUUCCGAAAUCAUGACCGAAGAGGUCCUGGUAUCCGAAGUCUUGGUUGAAGAUGUGAUUGAAGAGACCCCUUAUGCAUCCAACCAAGUCGUAAAUUCAACUUCGGAAGUACCAGCCUCGGAGGCCCCGGAUUUGCCAGCUUCAGCUAUCCCACGCGCGUCCGACCAGGUAGUGGAUGCUGUCCGAACAUCCAAGAAAACGUCGCACGCAUAUUCCGAUACUCCACUUUUCUACAUUUGCAAACUUGCUGAGGAUACCUUCAAAGACAUGCUCUGGUUGCAGUUUGGCAAAAAAUGGGAAUCGUUCGAGAUCAGAUUCCUAGCAGACAUAGCAAAAUACCCCCCGGACGUGAUGGUUGACAGAAACAGCCCAUGCCCACUCGAGUGGCUGCCAGUGGAGGUUCGCGCGACAAUUUGGAAGUACGUUUUUGACGACGGCAAUGAGGCCAUCUUCGUCAAGAAGGAUGGGAUGACCCCAAAGCUUCCAACUUCCAUGCGAUUUGUAUCGUUCGACUGGGCUUCAGAGGCCUGGUUUGGAUACAUAACUUCGCUGAGAAAUCGGACUCUGGUUGUAAUGGAUUUCCCCCAGCACGGCUACCUUGCCCCACAUUUCCCAAUCUUCCAAGAACUGUCCACGGUCCGAAUUCGAGCGAUUAAAUUCGCACUGGGUGACAAUGACCCUGAGAAGGCUAAGGAACGCACUCGCGAUUUUAUCAGGUUCAUGUUAAAACACAAAAACUGUGGAUUUCUCGCUCUUCACACUCUGAUUGUCGAAUUGAGAAGCAACUGGGAAACUGAGGACUUCACCGAGAUGACUCUCGCCGAACUGUUGGUAUGCGGCGCAUUUGUUGAGAUCGAAAGAAUCCGGAUCCAUGGACAUGUCACAGAUGAGAAACUGAACCGGCUUCUGGAGCGAGCCCGAGAGAUCGCGCAGGUCUCGUUCUGA